AUGCACUCUUCGCCAGCUUCUUCUAUCGACCCGAAGCGAUUCUACAAACCUGGCAACGUUACUCUAGGUGUCUUGCUUCCUCUUCACGUCAGAACCGCCCAGGAUAAAUGCGGUGAGUUUUACGCUUUCGGCCUUGGAUACACUGAGGCUAUAACUUUUGCAAUCGAGCGUAUUAACAAGGAUCCUGAGCUUCUACCAAAUGUGACACUGGGCUUCGACAUUCGAGACUACUGCGACACACCUGUUCUCGCCAUGAAAAUAGCCAAUGACUUCGUGAAAAGUAAUUAUCUCAACGAACUGCUUGAAGGACAAGGUGAUAACUUUACGUCAAAGCUUACAAUAAAUAUGGAUUAUCUAACGGCACCCAUUUCUGCAGUUAUUGGCACUGAAGAUUCAAGUAGCACCACUCUCGUCUCGAGUCUACUGCAGGUGGCUGCCAUUCCAACUAUAAGUCCUUUCGCUACCAGCGAGGAGUUGAGCUCACCGUAUUUUAACUCCUUCUUUCGUACCAUUCCACCGGAUGGCCAACAAGCUAAAGCCAUGGCUGACAUAAUAGAGUAUUAUCAAUGGAAGUAUAUUGCAGCCGUAGCCAUUGACAAUUCCUACGGACGAUACGGCAUACGCGCGUUGGAACGAGAAGCCUAUGACCGAAAGACCUUCUGCAUCGCGUUUUCGGAGUACAUCACGCAUUCGGGAUACAGAGGAAAACUAAAAUCAAUCGUGAGAAAACUCAAAGAUGCUGAAAACAUCAAAGUGGUCAUCUUAUGGAGCAACUAUGAACCAGCAAAAAGAUUUCUGGAAGAAGCGACUGCACAGGGGCUUGAAGGACGAACUUUUUUUAUUAGUGAAGCAAUAGCCUUAAUCAAUCCAGACGUUUUGGAAAAAAAUGCUAUCAUACUAAAAGGAGCAAUAGGAAUAAGGCCUUAUCUAUUCACAGACCAUCUGUUUGAGCAUUAUCUUAAGGGAAUCACACUAAAUGAGACUCGAGAAAGCCCCAAUCCGUGGUGGAAGGAUUUUUGGACAAGUCAUCUGAACUGCCCCUCAAUGUCUGAGGGUGCUUGCCUUAACCCGGCCAAAAUAGACGCUCGAGCCUUCGCCAAACUGCACAACGCCUUCAUUCCUUAUCUGAGAGACGCCGUCUAUGCCCUUGCACACGCGCUGGACUCUUUACUGAAGUGUAAAAAGCCCGGAGGUGGACCUUUAGCGAGUGGGUACUGUCCUGAGCAAAAUGCCAACUUCACAGCUGAAGCCAUGCUUCUGAAACUCAGGAAAGUGAGUUUUCAAGGCAUAACAGGGCAAGUGCAGUUCACCGAAAGUGGUGAUCCCACUUUUUCGUCGUACGAUAUCGUGAACUUUCAGAAACAGACCGAGAGUUAUGAAAAUGUAAAGGUGGGGACAUGGACAGGGGGAACUCGCAUCAACCUCACAAUCAAUGACAAACGAAUAAAAUGGGCUAAUGAAGAAAGUGAGCCUCCCAUAUCCACGUGCAGCCACCGUUGUCCUCCGGGAACUAAGCAGACGAUCACUGUGUCCUGUUGCUGGGAAUGCAUUAAGUGUCCUCUGGGCUCCAUCAGUAAACAGCACAGCUCUCACAACUGUACGAAGUGUCCACAACUACAUAAAUCAAACGCCGGCGGUACAGCAUGCCUGCCUUUGCCAGUUAUCAACAUCAAGUGGAAAGAUGGUACUGCAGUGAUAUUUUUGAUCCUAACGGUUAUUGGAUUGCUUGCAACAAGCGCGGCGUUCUUUGUUUUUAUGAAGAACCAGAGUACACCAUUAGUGAGGGUAUCCAAUCGCGAACUUAGCCUUCUUUUGCUUGUCACAAUCGCGUUGUCUUUUGUUCUCACCUUGCUCCAUCUUGCUCAACCCACAAAAAUGAUAUGUUGUAUUAUUUAUCCCCUAAGGUACUUUAUUAAUACGAUCUUUGUUUCCAUCCUCUUCUUGAAGACAAACCGUUUGGUCCGCGCUUUUCAGACCGACAUCAUUCCAAACUGGUUCAAGCGAUAUAUCUUGGAUCGCAAACGUCAAUUUCUUGUGGUCUUGGGACUCAACAUAGUUGAAGUUAUUCUGGCAAUGUUGUGGCUAACUCUGGAUCCACCUUACGAGCACCAGGAGAUACGGGUACAGACACAUGUGUUUUACACCUGUAUGCCAUUCAGAUCAGCCGUUGGAAGGAUCCUCAGAGCAACCAUGUUUAGUUAUUUCAUAUUCCUGUCUCUUGUAUGCGCUGGUUAUGCCUUUAAAGCCAGGCGACUUCCAGAGAACUUCAACGAAACGAGAUACAUCGGUUUCGCGUUGUACGUGCUCCUGAUUUCCUGGAUGUCAUUUUAUCCGGUGGACACGUCCCUGGAAGGUUUUUACAAAACCAUCGUGGCCUGUGCCACUGCCCUCGUCACCGCAUAUGGAAUUCUUUUGUGCGUUUUCGCGCCAAAAAUAUUUGUCAUCCUACUUCAUCCAGAGCAAAACACAAACGAGUUUAUGAAAGCUGAAAUUGGACAGUUCACAAGGAGUUCUACGUUUACAGGAAGAAUCCAACGCGCGAAGGUUCAGCCCACAAACGGGAUUAAAAAUAAUGACACUUAGCUAGACAGCACAUGGCAAACUAAACAGUUACCAGAUCAGAACUACAUAAAUUUCGUUACUUCAGUUUAUACUGAGAGGCACAAACAAGUUGCAGUUACUUCGAGGUUAAAAAUACUACUCCUCAUGGGAAACACUCUUUCAAAUUUCUGGGACCCAAAUUGUGGAAUGUCAAGGUUAAAUGAGGACUUAAAGAAGCUGUGUCAUGAAAUUCAUGGCAAUUCAAACAGUGAGACUGACUACCACCAAACUGAGUGAAACAUAGAAAUAACCGCUCAAAACAUAAACAGAAGGAAGGGAUAACUAUCACAGCAAAUACAAAAGGAAGCAUGGAUGGACAAACUUUUGCUUGUGCUUUUUGAAUACUCAUUAGCCCAUCCUCGGAGACCUGGCCAGGGGCCCUCAGUCUGCUCGGGAGAAAAGGCGGGACGAAAGUGUUCAAGUUCGGGCGAAAGAGCCCCUGGGUACCGACUCUCACCGGACCAUUUCCAAAAAUUCAAGCGGAUGCUGGCUCCUGAUUGGGCACAAAAAAUGCUUUGUAUUAUUAUUCCCAAUUGGCGGACAGUUUUUCCUGAGUUCGUACACGACAGCUAUUGUCUCGCCUCACUUGCCCGGUUCGUUCAUCAAACUUGUGCAUACAAAGGCAACUUUUAUUUUUUACUUUCCCAACCAGAAACGAAGGAACUACCGAUGAGUCGAAAAAACGUUUGGGAUGCUAUCAGCAGGAGCAAUUGAAUUUGCCCCGGGAAUAUUCUGUUUUUGACGGAUCACAGUGUAGCGUAAAUAAUAGGAAGUUUAAGAUGCGGCGGCGACAAGAAACAAGGCAGAACAACAACUUUGCACGUGCAUCACGCUUUUUUGUACAACUGCAUGACUACCCGUGGAAAUAACUAAUUUCACGUUUUGUGAAGGACGUAAACAAGCAAUGACAAAAUUCAUUCUCUUCAUGAACUUGGAUAUGGUUGAUAGAAAUUCAGCUCCAGAAGAGUUCGCUUGCAUUUGUGACAAAGUAAGCGAGUUGGAAUAAUCACGAUAUAGACUGAAAAAAUAUGACGUUUUCGUGGCUGUCAGCCGUCGUGCUAUCUUUUGAAAACUCUCUAUAAAUAUAUUUACGCAAGGCGUGGCCGAUGCAAGUGUAAAUAACUGUUGUAAGCUAAAGCUUGUUUUUUUGGAAAAGCGUCUUUAGUUUUCGGACAGACGGUAUUUUAAAAUCAGAUGGGGAUUUUAUAUCAAACUGAAAGUUUUCCGACAGACACGCCGUGAUCGAGACAACAGCCGUCGUGUACGAACACACGAAAGGAGCUCAGAAUAAUACAAAACAUUUUUUGUUCCCAAUUAGCUGAGCCGGCAUCCGCUUGAAUUUUUGGAAAUAGUCCGGUGAGAGUCGGUACCCAGGGGCUCUUCCGCCCUUACUUGAAAACUUUCGUCCCGCCUUUUCUCCCAAACCAACUGACUGCCACUGGGUCUCCGAGGAUGUCGUUACGUUUGAAAUAGUGCUUGGGAGACAUAUCUGUCUGACACGACGUUGUGAUUUUGCCAUUUACAACGGUAAUUUAUCAAGUUUCAUUAAUAGCAAAUAAGGAUGCACGAUUGCCAUUAUUAUUAUUACCACGAGCGUGGUCUACUUUAGAAAUACAUAGCGAAAUUUAUUGAAACGUUUUGUAAGUUAAUCAAUCUAAUUAUUCGUCUCAAAUUUAUACUUAAUUGUACUUUAGUUUUAAAUUUUGAUGACAAUAAACAAUUUUCUUCCUUUUUCUCGCAAACAGGUGAUUCUACUCUUUAAUCCUAGUUUAAAUUUUUUUUUUCCUGGAUCGAGUAUACCAGCUGCCAAUAUUAGGUCUCAAAGUUUAGAAAACUGAUGUUAGCAGUUUAUUAAACGGAGAAAGACACACCAAACACAAAAAUAGAAUAGGAAAGCCGAAGCAAAUAGUUCUAAACCCUUUCUAUUCUCACGUGAUUUCGGGAUCAGAGUAACACCAGCAACAAUUUCCAAAGGUACCUGGGUCUCGGGUGAACGUACAAACUCGUACUUCAUCAAAUUCCAAUGCAGGACCUUGGCCCUAAACCGAAUGGCAAAAACUGAUAUGGGAGACGAGUGUCUUUGGCGGGGCUUUGGAAUCUCUCGGGAUCUUCUGGGUCGGAUCAGACAUCAGGGUCACCAUGAAGAAAAUACACAAGAAUGAUGACUUGUAGUCCUGGUGGGAUAUAAAUGUCAUUAAACUUCUUGUCGUCGACAUGCACAUUCACAGUUAAACACAGCCAAAGGUGGAUUUAGUCGCAGUGACUCAUUCAUAACACAAUCCAGAUACUCAAUGUCAUGAGAAAGGUUGUACAGAGAGCUUUCAGGGUUUCUCUUGACUGCUUCAUUGAUCUCCUCUCUUAAUUUGUCCUGUACAUUCUGGUUCAGGGCCAGCUGGUAGGUGAUAUAGGCCAAAGUAUUACUCGAAGUUUCGUAACCUGCGAAAAGAAAGAUCUGAUACUGGCCAUUUCUUUCUUAAUCGGUGAGUUUGGAUAAUUCCUUUUCAGCUGAAUCCUCGUUCGCUGUCAGCAAAAAUUGAACAAAUCCAGUUGUCUUCCUGUUGGCCCAGUUUUUCUCGUUUGCUGUAAGAUCUCUGAGGCGACCUUUUUGAAGUUAAGCUUGGAGUGCGCAUGAUUUGUGCCAGAAUCCUCAAAAGAUAUAUUUUAAAAGGAAGCCGUCUUAAAAUGUCCAUUAUCCAAGGAGUGCGAAAAACCUCCUUCACGUUUUUAAAUAACAGGCUUUCUUUAAUAGUCUUUUGGAAUGUUACGUAAGCAGUUACUUAACAUAUGAAAACUCGUCUCAUGCUAAACUAUAAUUUCUUAAACAUUUUCAGAAGACUUGGCUCCCGUGCUCCUGUGCUUAAACUGUUCUGAAUCGUCGAGGAAAAAGAAAGGGGAGAUAUAAAAUUGAGCGCAUUUUACGAGAAACUAUCCCUUACUAGCAUUUUCAUUAAAUUUGAACACUUUUCUAAGCUUUCCAACUGAACGGAAAUCAAACAAAUUUCUCACAAUUUUAUUGAAAAUUAAAUGUGAAGCAUGGGCGGCAUUCUGUUCGUUCGAAGUCUCAUGAUUUAUGAACUUGCCUUUAACUGGAUGUGAAUGCAACAAUGCAGAAAAAAGGCCAUUUAAAACAAGUUCAAUUCAAAUAAUAACCCCACUUACCUGUACUGACAACGCCUUCUAAUGUUUGCAUCAAUCUCUCAACCUAUCUUCGAUCAGGGAUACACCCCUUUCAUUUUCUUUGCGCUGAACGACGGGGUGAGCGUGGCGCGGAGGCGCCUCCAAGCAUCAUCGCGUUCAAGAAAAAACGCUUUCGGCAAUUGCCCUUCAGUCUUAAUUACCGCGACGCGAUUUCGGAAGUUCCAGAAAUCUUUCACCAGAAUCUUCUUCAGGAUGUCAGGAUCGGCAAUAACAAGACUUGGCUUUCCAAACAUACUAAAAGAAAACACUUUGCCAUGAUUUUUAAUGUAGUUACACAACAAAAGGUGUACUCCAUUAAGAAGCAUAUUGCCAAAUAUGGGCCGACCCUUGGGGCUUGGAGCGUUGAUUUUCUUGCGAAGGGCACAAUUACAUGCUUCUUGCCACCAGAUGAACAAUAGCACAACAACUACAGCUGUUUUGAAGGCAGUGGGCAAAGGUUUUACUAAACUUGAGUUAGAAUCUACUUCAAGGCCAUCCAUUGUCCUCUAUCAGGAUAAAGAGAAGAGUGUGAUACAGUAAAAACUCGCGACUAAUUAACAACUUACAUUUUCCCAAGUUAGCCUUAACAAGUUCUUACAUAAAUGGUUAUGUAAAAAGGAAAAUGUUGGAAAUUAUAGCGGAGCUUCCGCCCGCGCUUUCGCGGCGAAGUCCCAUUGCUAAGAGAAAUUGGAAACCUAUGAAAGCAAGGAAAUUUGGUUAUGACGUAGCGCACGCCCGCUUGCUAACCCGUGUACAUAGGCGUACGGGCCGGGGGGCGAGGGGGGCUGCACCCCCCCCCCCCAAAGUUUGGCCAACUCAGAUGUUUUUGGGCAGCAAGAGAAAUUUGGGCAAAGCCAGUUUUUAAAUACGUUUCCAUGUUUUUUAUUAUUAUUAUUAUUAUUAUUAUUAUUAUUAUUUUGAAGAGAUAAAUAUUUUCUAUUUUAACCAGAAGUCGGCGUAAUAAUUCAGUUACGUUCACACGAGACAGUGGUUGCCUAGCACUUGAUGAGUUUCUGGUUAUAAGGGAAGGGUAUCAUAUGCUGAUCUUUUUUUGUUGGGCACUGUACUUCACUGCACUAACUGGAGUGGGCUAUUUCCAGUCAUGAAUUGAUUAGAAUAAACCUCCGCAUAACUUUCUAGAAUCACCUCCGCUCCUAGAACAAUGUGUGGCAGAACACGCAUCAGCAACGGGUCUGAAAGUGAAGUGGCUGACUAAUUCUCAGUUUGAAUUACGAGAAGAAUCAUAAUUUUCUUAAAAAAAUCUAUCGAGGGGUUUAAAAAUUAUUCACUAAUUUGUUUAAGUAGACCGAAAUGUUUACGAAACCCCUAACAAGAUCGAGCGCUAAUCAAAUCCUUCCUUAUAGCAAUUGGCAGGAGCUAUCUCCAUGAUCUUUCAUACACGUUUUUAAUAUGAUUGAAACUACUGUGAGGUGAAAUUGCAUGUCAAAAGCGCUCCGUUUUCUUCAGAUUACGACUAAACAUCAAGAUUCUCCUUUUUUACCUUAUUUCUAGAAAUAUUGCUGCAAGUAUAAUAGGUAAUGGCGUCAUUUCGUUGCUAUGACAGCUCCGAUGUCAUUGCAAUCCUGAUCAUGACAAAUUUCCCUCUUUAUCUAAUACAACUGUGGUGGCAAUUUUUUCCAAAUGCUUGUUUGUGGCCACGUAGUUUAUGCUCAAACUUGGCAGGUAUUGACUCUGAAAAACUGUAUCGUGCCACUUUCAUAUGCCAAUACGGCCUAUUUUGUUGCAUGGCCCUAGUUUCCUUUCGACUGUUUUGUAAAAAUUUGGGCAACUUGCAAGAAUUUUUUGGGCAAAUGGAUUACCGCCCCCCCUGGCAAAAAAAUGCCCGUACGCCUAUGCCCGUGUACACACUACAUGUAAGACGAUGUCAAAGGUCACAUUAGAUCUUGCACAAAUUGGCACUAGCCUGUCAGUUAUGUAAGCCAUCCUCUGUAUGAAGAUGAAUUGACAGCUGUCAAAUUCGGACAUCCGCUGACAAAUAUCACAUAACCAUCUCUCGGCCUCAGAUGAAAUACCAGUCGUUUUGCCCCUACAUGUAAGCUCUGUAAUAUAUCACACUUACCAACAUAAAAAUGAAACUACGCUUUCACCGCGGAGUGCUGUCAGUAGUUUAAAGUUAUAUGUGCAAGCCAAAUCGAGGUCAAUUGUCGAAAUGGAACAUGUGCAGACCACUAUCACAAAACUAACAACGUUGGCUCAGGUACACGAUUCGGCAUUUCGCCCCCACUACAAGCCGGAAUGAAUUAUAUUACACUACGCUGUCAUAUUCGCAGUCCAUUUAUUCGAAUAUUCGCCAUUCUUAUGAAGGUCAAUUAACAGCUCUCAAACAAGAGCAUCCGCUGACAUUUUAUUCGAUGACGGGCUCAAUUCUGUUUUUUUUAGAGCAGACGACACAUCUUAACGACACAUCAGGCGUGUUUGGCUGAUUUAGACGGUACGAUUUUUGCUUACGAUUAUCGUGCGCGACUAGCAUGCGUCAUGACCUCACAACAGAUUGUGUCUUGUAAAUUAGACCCACGACAUUCGUACGACAAAUUGGGUGUCGUAAGUGAAAAUUGUGCGCGUGUGGAUGGUCGAAAGUCAUGACGUAUGCUGGUCGCGCACGUGGUUCGGAAAUAAUCGGCCUUACACGCUUGGUCAAUUUGUUUGAAUUAUCUAAUAAAUGACUGAAAGAGUAUAUUUAUCAGUCAUUCACUGAACGUUAACCCCAUCAGGAGUAUGUUUUCGUUCUACUUGUCAAAUUAUUUUACGAGGAAAAGGCAACGAAAAAUAAAUAGAAGGUCUCUGAAAACAGAAGCAAACUUUCACUUGGUUUCACGGAGUAACCCCGACCAUUGAACAAUCGAAACACAACACACCACAAGACGAAAACAGAGUGCGGCUAAUUAAUUGAACGUCGGCCUAGAAGUUCAUCCCCAUUCAUUAAUUACAUCAGUUAUGAGAAGUUCACCAUUACAUCAGUCAUUAAUGGCAGUUUGAUACUUGUGGAUAUUUAAAGCUGCAUAAAAGCAAACUAUUUUUUAGUUUGUUAUUAUUGUACAUGGACGGCUUCGUGCAUUUAUCAGUGUGCUGAGUAUUGCAAUUGAAUUUUCGUUUUGAUUUUUACCCUCUACGGUAUGUUGGGUUUCUAAAGUCUAAAGCUCGAUGGCCGGAGAGUUUCUAUUGAUUUCAGAUGUGUUUCAACGGGAAAACUGAAACCCUUUCUCAAACGACGGUAAAUGAACGGCUCCAAAUGUUAAGCAGGGAUUUAAAUAUUUCUUUGUCAUGGCUUUAAGAUGAUAAGUUUUCAAGUUUAUUGCUUUUAUUAGAAGUAUAUAAACGGAUGCUUCGCCUUUAGCCCUGGUUAAAUCUAUAUAUUACACCUGUAGUCGCACCACGAAAAAGAAAAUGGAUUCAAGGUCAAACAUAACUCCCUUGCUCCCUGUGUGCACAUCAACCCGCCGCUCUUAUAAAACUGGCUUCUUCCUGCCCUGGUGUUUUGCCGUGAGAAGAAACGAGCUGAGUCAGAUAUUUUUUCUACCUCGACAGCAGGCCAAGUGGGAACCGGAAAUCCAACCUUAGGUAAACUUUGAAAGUUAUAUGUGAAAACGGAAAAUGUUGAAAUCAUAUGGAAAGACUAAUAAGAUGCUGUUUAAUUCUAAUUUCAUGUAGAUCACGGGUGAGUACAUUAAAAUGAGGAAUAAGCUAAGUUUGCGGGGACACAACAUGCCCUCUGAGUAAGCGAUUGCCGUGAGAAAUCCAAGGGAUGUAAAUUCAUCUCCCUCAUUGAAAUUAAUCAUGUCGCAACUGGAACGGAGGGGAAAAACUGUCGUGGCAGAAGCGACACCAAAUAAGCAGUCAGGUUGACAAUUCGUUUACAUAACAAAAAGGAAGUUCAAUCUUCGCAGGGCUCCGGGCUGAGUGGCCAGGAUCUGUUCUUAAUGCCUCCGGCCAAGCUUUGCCACCUUCGCUACAUGAAUAUACCAAAAGUGCUAAAAAGGUUUUUAGUUUCCUAUUAAGCCUUCAAUGAAAAUGUCAUGUUUCAAUCUUAAACGCGUCGUCAUCUUCGUUAAAGCGGAGGGUUUUAUAGGAAAACGAUCACUUUAUCUGAUAAAAUACCAGCGCUUUAAUUAAAUUUUCCUUUCACAGGCAGAGAUAUUCCAGUCCUCCUCGUAAGAUAAAGAUAAACUACGGUGGUAAUGCUGACCACUCUGGAGAUUUCUUCGCUUUUGUUUCCUAACACGACGCCGUACUGGCUUAGUACCUGCUAAAGGGCAUAUUGGACUACUGAACCUGAUUGCUGAUAGGUUGGUUUUCAUUUUGAAUACCUCACUCAACACUAAGAAAACAAAUAAACACACUGACACUGUUGAAUUUCUUGCAACGUUCUGGCUACACAGCUGUCUCAAGGUAGUAAUCGAUAUGGUUGUUUAUCAGUGAAAGAAAAUAUACUAAAUAAAAUUAUGCCAUUAUCUCGAUUAUAACAUUUAGCCGUCAACUAAACGCAAUUAUAAUAAGGUAUGAUCCUUAGAGUUUUUUAAUGGCGACAACUGAGGAACUAAAAUAACUUAUUAUGGGCAUAUAUAAUAAUUAAGAUUUUCGUUUUCUUUUCUUUUCUAGCUUGAUCUGAUGCACAUAAAAGUAAACUGGCUUAACGAGGAAAAAAUGUCAAAGUUUCAUUUCCUAUUGUUAUGGUUAUUGAUGCGCUCUUCGCCAGCUUCUUCCAUCGACCCAAAACGAUUCUACCAACCGGGCAACGUUACUCUAGGAGUCUUGCUUCCUCUUCACGUCAGUACCGCCCAGGAUAAAUGCGGUGAGUUUUACGCUUUCGGCCUUGGAUACACCGAGGCUAUAACUUUUGCAAUCGAGCGUAUCAACAAGGAUCCUGAGCUUCUACCAAAUGUGACACUGGGCUUCGACAUUCGAGACUACUGUGACACACCUGUUCUCGCCAUGAAAAUGGCCGAUGACUUCGUGAAAAGUAAUUAUCUCAACGAACUGCUUCAAGAACAAGGUGUUAAGGAGCUUAGGUCAAAACUUACAAUAAAGAUGGAUUAUCUAACGCAACCGGUCUCCGCAGUUAUUGGCACUGGAGAUUCAGGUAGCACCACUCUCGUCUCGAGUCUACUGCAAGUGGCUGCCAUUCCAACUAUAAGUCCUUUCGCUACCAGCGAAGAGUUGAGCUCACCGUAUUUUAACUCCUUUUUUCGCACCAUUCCACCCGAUGGCCAACAAGCUAAAGCCAUGGUUGACAUAAUAGAGUANCCAUUCCAACUAUAAGUCCUUUCGCUACCAGCGAAGAGUUGAGCUCACCGUAUUUUAACUCCUUUUUUCGCACCAUUCCACCCGAUGGCCAACAAGCUAAAGCCAUGGUUGACAUAAUAGAGUAUUAUCAAUGGAAGUAUAUUGCAGCCGUAGCCGUUGACCAUUCCUACGGUCGAUACGGCUUACGCGCGUUGGGACGAGAAGCUUACGACCGAAAGACGUUCUGCAUCGCGUUUUCGGAGUACAUCACGCGUUCAGGAUACAAAGGAAAAAUAACAUCAAUCGUGAGAAAACUCAAAGAUGCUGAAAACAUUAAAGUGGUCGUCUUAUGGAGCACCUAUGAACCUGCAAAAAGGUUUCUGGAAGAAGCGACUGCGCAGGGGCUUGAAGGACGAACAUUUCUUAUUAGUGAAACAUCAACUUCCAUGAAUCCAGACGUUUUGGGAAAAAAUGCUGUCAUACUAAAAGGAGCGAUAGGAAUAAGGCCUUAUCCAUUCACAGACCGUCUGUUUGAGGAUUAUCUUAAGGGAAUCACACUAAAUAAGACCCGAGAAAGCGCCAAUCCGUGGUGGAAGGAGUUUUGGACAAGUCAUCUCAACUGCCCCUCAACGUCUGAAGGUGCUUGCCUUAACCGGUCCAAAAUAGACGCUUGAGCCUUCGCCAAACUGCACGACGCGUUCGUUCCUUACCUGACAGACGCCGUCUACGCCCUUGCACACGCACUGGACUCUUUACCGAAGUGUAAAGAGCCCGGAGGCGAACCUUUAGCGAGUGGCUACUGUCCUGAACAAAAUUCCAACAUCAAACACGAGGCCAUGCUUCUGAAACUCAGGAAAGUGAGUUUUCAAGGCAUAACAGGGCAAGUGCAGUUCACCGAAAGUGGUGAUCCCACUUUUUCGUCGUACGAUAUCGUGAACUUUCAGAAACAGGCGGAGCAUUAUGAAAAUGUUAAGGUCGGGACAUGGACAGGGGGAAAUCGUAUCAACCUCACAAUCAACGACAAACAAAUAAUAUGGGCUAAUGAAGAAAGUGAUCCUCCCAUAUCCACAUGCAGUCACCGUUGUCCUCCGGGAACUAAGCAGACGAUCACUGUGUCCUGUUGCUGGGAAUGCAUUAAGUGUCCUCUGGGCUCCAUCAGUAACCAGCAUAGCUCUCCCAACUGUACGAAGUGUCCACAACUACAUAAAUCAAACGGGGACGGUACAGCAUGCCUGCCUUUGCCAGUUAUCAACAUCAAGUGGUCAGAUGUUACUGCAGUGAUAUUUUUGAUCCUAACAGUUAUAGGAUUGCUUGUAACAAGCGUGGCUUUCUUUGUUUUUAUAAAGAACCAGAGUACACCAUUAGUGAGGGUAUCCAAUCGCGAACUUAGCCUUCUUUUGCUUGUCGCAAUUGCGUUGUGUUUUGUUCUCACCUUGCUCCAUCUUGCUCAGCCCACAAAGAUUUUAUGUUGUAUUGUGUAUCCCCUAAGGUACUUUAUUAAUACGACCUUUGUUUCCAUCCUCUUCUUGAAGACAAACCGUUUGGUCCGCGCUUUUCAGACCGACAUUAUUCCAAACUGGUUCAAGCGAUAUAUCUUGGAUCGCAAACGUCAAUUUCUUGUGGUCUUGGGACUCAACAUAGUUGAAGUUAUUCUGGCAGUGUUGUGGCUAACUCUUGAUCCACCUUACGAGCACCAGGAGAUACGGGUACAGACACAUGUGUUUUACACCUGUAUGCCAUUCAGAUCAGCCGUUGGAAGGAUCCUCAGAGCAACCAUGUUUAGUUAUUUCAUAUUCCUUUUUCUUGUAUGCGCUGGUUAUGCCUUUAAAGCCAGGCGACUUCCAGAGAACUUCAACGAAACGAGAUACAUCGGUUUGGCGUUGUACGUGCUCCUGAUUUCCUGGAUGUCAUUUUAUCCGGUGGACACGUCCCUGGAAGGUUUUUACAAAACCAUCGUGGCCUGUGCCACUGCCCUCGUCACCGCAUAUGGAAUUCUUUUGUGCGUUUUCGCGCCAAAAAUAUUUGUCAUCCUGCUUCAUCCAGAGCAAAACACAAACGAGUUUAUGAAAGAUGAAAUU